AUGUCGUUGACCAAAGUUACACUCUCAUUCCAGGAGAAGCUGGACUUUCUCCCUGCAUUGGGCUCCAUUGUCCUGGCCGGCUUCUAUGCCAUUCUGACGGGCCUGUGGCGCACCGAGCGCCAGGCCAAGUCCCUGCUCCUGCAUUUUGGCUACGCCCUGUUCCGCAAGGCUACCGCGCGUCUGUCGCCAACGCAGAUGCAGUAUGUGUUGCCGCCUUCCAACAAGAUCUACGAGCAGUACACCAAAAAGUCCGGUCUCGUCCCUCAAUCGGUGGAUUUGGGCCAUGGUGCUUUAGGCCACUGGAUUGGCGAUCGCAAUGCCCCCAAUGUGCUGGUGUGGUUUCAUGGUGGUGGUUUCGGUCUGCCUGCCAAUAUCGGCUACUUCAAGUUCUAUGCCCAAAUCAUUCGCGAGCUCGAGCGCGCCGGCAAGCAGAUCGCCGUCUUCAGUUUGACCUACACUCUCGCCCCCCAAGCCACUUAUCCAACCCAGCUGCGGCAGGCUGUGGAAUGCGUGCGCUACAUCGUCUCCCAGCCUAACCGAGAUCCAGCCACCGUCUUCUUGGCCGGUGACUCGGCUGGUGGGAAUCUGGUGGGUGGCGUGCUGUCGCAUCUGGCUCACCCGCACCCGCAGAUCUCGCCUGUAGCCCUCGACGGGAAUCUGGGCGGCGCUGCCAUGAUCGCACCUUGGGCUCUACUGGACACCGAGUUCGAGGGCCAGGAAAUCUAUCAUGGAGGUGACCUGAUCACGCCGGCCGUUGCGCAGCCCUGGGCUUCGGCAUAUCUGGGUGAUGCUCCGCGCGACUUCUACACGGAUCUGUUAACGGCACCAGCUGAUUGGUACCAGUCGUUCCCGGUGAACUCGGUGCUGAUUACGGGUGGUGGAAAUGAGAUUCUCCUUCCCAUCAUCCAAGAAUUUGCCGCCAAGUUCAAAGAGGGCUUCCCCAACGUGGAACUGCUAGUUGGCCACCGCGAGUGCCAUGUGGCGCCUAUCUACAACCUGUACAUUGGGGAUCGCACCGAGACACAGCAGGGGAAGAAGGUAAAAACGUGGCUGACGGAGCUUGCGCGGUAG